GUUUUCCGAUUACAAAGCAGUUCUUUGAUUCCAUACGAAAUGUUCACAAUGUAAGGAUAUUAGUAUUUUAUAGUGGAUUUUCAUUGGCCGAAGCGGCAAUUUGAGAAGAUGCUAGAUCCAGUCAUCCAAGCUUGCUGGACGAGGCAUGUAAGUGUUGUUGGAUUUAGAUUAAACAUGCCAAUACAUGUGGUAUUGGAAUAGCAACGUCCUGGCAAACUGUUGUUGGGAGGAUUAAUGGAUCUUGACGCUGGUUAGCUACUAAUUGCCCAAGAUACAAUCGGGAGACGGACAACUAUCUAGUCCUCGAUCACUAUUUAAGGUCUCUUCCCUUCCGCGAAAUAGCAUUGCCUAACAUCGGUAUCAUUCUGACUAUAUUCUUCUACAUUACUGCCUAUCUACUUUAGCAUCCUAUCUAUCUGAAAGGUAUCACUUCAUCCUAUCCCAUCAUGGAUUCAUUUAAGUCUACAAUUGAGUCGGCAAUUUCUGCUGGUAAAAUUCCAGGUGCUGUCACAGUUGCUAGUAAUGCUACCAAUUCCUUCACUCACACUUCAUCCUAUGGACCUCAAUCUCUCCAACCCACCUCAUCCACACCCUUGAAAGCAGACGCCAUCUUCUGGAUAGCCUCCUGCACCAAACUCCUAACCUCAAUUUCCGCUCUCCAAUGUGUUGAGCGCGGUCAAUUUACACUCGAUGAAGAUGUUUCUCGGAUUCUUCCUGAACUCAAACUUGAGGACCUUGAUAUCCUUCAGGGUUUCGAUUCCGAGGGAAAGCCUGAGCUUGUCAAGGCCACAAAAAGCAUCACUCUCCGUAUGCUUCUCACCCAUACAUCAGGGCUAGCAUACGAUCUCUUCACACCUGAUCUGCAUCGCUGGAGAGCUACACGAGGCGAAUUUGCCACGCUUGACAAAGGAACCGUGCUGUCACGUUGUAAAACCCCCUUGAUGUUUGAACCUGGAACUUCUUGGGCAUAUUCUACCGGACUUGAUUGGGCCGGUCUGAUGAUCUCACGAGCCAACAACAUCAAAUUGGAAGAAUACAUACAUAAAUACAUAUGCGCACCCCUUGGCAUCACAGAUCUAACAUUCCAUAUCGACCAAAAUCCUUCUUUACUUUCACGCUUGGUUGAUAUGACUGCUCGCGUCGGGGGCAUGACUCAAUUUGGUACCACCGCCGAUCCCACCGGUGCGCUCGUCCAUUCCGAGGAAAAGGUCUGGUCACACGAGCAAAUCGACGACGCAGGCGGUGCGGGAGCCUUCGUGAGCAUGUCCUCUUACCAAAAGGUCUUGCACAGCAUCACAAUUUCAGACGAGAAGCUUCUCAGCAAAGCGAUGAAUGACAAGAUGUUUGAAGGGCAAUUGACAGAGCAGCAACUGGCGACUUUGAAUUACAUACGUCAGAUGCAGGAUGUGCGCUAUUUAAUGUCUCCAACAAUCUCAGCCAAUACGAAAAUUGAUCAUGGGUUGGGAGGAUUGAUAGUUCUUGAGGAUCUAGAAGGAAGAAGAAGAAAGGGGUCGAUGUGUUGGACCGGAUUGCCAAAUCUGAUUUGGUGGGCUGAUCGAGAGGCAGGUGUUAGCGGGAUUUAUGGAAGUCAGUUGGUUCCUACUGCAGAUAAGCAGACCAUAGAGAUGUUUGAAGAGUUUGAGAAGGCUGUUUAUGCAGAGGUGGGGGCUUGAUGGAAGAGUAGAUGUUAGGGAUAGUGUACAUGUUUUAUAUAGACGAAUGACUUGCAAUUUUACUUACAGAAGCGAGCUUACGGGCUUUUUUUCAUCUGAGAGUUUUCGUACCUAGCUAUCCUUCUUGACUUACAAAUAUCUUUAUUCCUCCUCUUUCCCUCAUCUACUUUCCUUCACAUACUACUUCAACACCUUCCCUCACGAUUUCCAAAUAUCAUGUAGCCUAAUCGAGAAGCACACAUUAUCAAAAUUCAUAUUAGCUAACCAUAUUAGCUAACCCAAUUCCCCCAAUAUACAGCACA